UUCUUAUUAACGGUGGAGGAUGUGAAGUUCUUAGAUUAUUUUGAUCUUGAAAUGCAAUCUGCAGAUUUGAAGCACUGAUGGGUAAAACGAAAAAAGCAAGAUUUUACGUCGCAUUGCAUAUGCGGUGUGCUGCAGUUUUCCCGGUGAAGUUCGGAGUAAAUUGCAGAAAUACAUUUCGACAGUAGCAAAACAGAACUGUUGUGCGACUGAGAUAUUUAAUAGUAUGUACAUGCGUAGUUGCUAGUUCCUCUUUCUGUUACAAAGCUUCUCAUCUGCUGCAAGAACAGUUAGAGGUACUGGCUGAUCCAGGAAUGGGCAACCAGUGGGCAUUUUGUAGAAAUGUGUGGCCAACUCCAUUUAGGUGUUUUCUGUCAGGUUCAGGCAUUGUGUGUAUAUUUGGCUUUGUAUUUCAUCACAGGUCUGAAAUAAAUUGACUUUUUUUCAAAUAACAGCCUGGCCAUUUCUGUGGAUGACAGGUAACAGAAAUGGCCAGGGCAGGAUAAACAAUGUUCCCCAGCCCAGGUUAAACUGUCAGCUGCAACAAAAUAGCCCCAGAACAGCUUCCUCUUUGUUGCUUUUAUAUUUAAUUUAACACAUUUUCAUUUUCCUCUUUUGCACUCCCCUUUAGAAAUAGUUCUGACCCACAUUUGAGCAAAGGUUUUAUUGGACCCCCCCCAACAUCUAAAUUAAAUGAAUCAUUGAUGUUCAUUUGACUUGCUCUAUAGGAGUUUCAAUUUGAAACAAAAAAAUAGACAAUUCAAGGUUGAAUUACCCAAAUAAAUACGGAGCUGUGUAAACAAACCAGGUGUAAAACUUCUAACCUGCCUAACUGGAUUAAAGGACCCACAAGGCAACAGUGUUCACUUAACUAAAUGAAUUAAAUGAGAUGAUAAAUCCCACUUCUCAGUGCCAUCCAGUGUCCUGGCGAUGACCCCACUUGGACGCGUCCCUUAAGGAAGCUUUGCUAUGUGUCACGUCAAGGUCUGCCCACAGGCUGAAACACAACACACCGCCAGCUGACACAUCCUGCCUGUUGAACCUUUGUCAGAACGAGUUGGCACGUCACACAGGCUAAAGAGGACCUUGUGGUUUCCACCUUUCCUGGAAACCUUGUAAAAGGAGAAGAUCCAUGUCCUAAAACCCAAUCAGCAGGACUGUUCAUUGACAGCAGAUGGUGCUUCUGUGGUCUGGGCUUGACCUACAGUAACAGGUCGUGCAAAAUGCCUCCCAUCACCUUCCAGGACCUCCCGCUCAACAUCUACAUGGUCAUCUUCGGGACAGGCAUCUUCAUCUUUGUCCUCAGCUUGAUUUUCUGCUGCUACUUCAUAAGUAAACUGAGGCAUCAAGCUCAGAGUGAAAGAUUUGGGUACAGGGAGGUUAUAUUGAGAGAUGAUGCCAAGAAGUUAAGUCUUCAUGGGCAGACGUGUGCAGUUUGCCUGGAGGAUUUCAAAGUGAAGGAUGAGCUGGGAGUGUUGCCAUGCCAACAUGCCUUCCACAGGAAGUGUCUGGUGAAGUGGCUGGAGGUUCGCUGCGUCUGCCCCAUGUGCAACAAGCCUAUCGCCGGCCCCCCUGAACCGCACCAGAGCAUUGGGACCCUGCUGGAUGAGCUUGUGUAGUCCGCCAUUCUUUCUGUCCAGGACCAGCACACUUUUACAGAAACACGAAGCAGUCCACAUCCAGCUCGCACCCAUAUCCCACAGUCUGCCUCAGAGGGCGGCGUUCAGCUUUGGUCCAGCAUGGAGCAGCAGGGUGCGGAUGCAAUGGCAGCAGCCCAGGGAGCUAUAGAGUGGACAUACAAGGAUGAGGCACGUGUUUCCUGGGAACGUGUUUCCGAUGACCUGUGAUGUGACCUGUGUAUCGAAGGAGGCUGUUCUACUCUGGGACAGCAGGACCUUUUUUUUUCCUUCUUUUUUUUUCUCCCCCCUUUUUCCUCUUCUCCAGCUGCAGCUGGAAAGAACAUAGUAGACUCUCCAGCGCUGGAGCUGAUCAGGAUUCCGAACUCUGACAGUAUUUUUAAAGUUCUCUUCCCAGGAAUGCUGAUCAAACCUUUGACUGAAUGGCCAGCAGGUGCAUACUUUUGGCAUUUGUGUUGUUUUUCCAUGUUCUUUCCCUACAAGUUUAAAAAAAAAAAAAAAAAAAAAAAACACAUUUGUGAUUUUGUGUAUUUUACCGCAUUGCACUGUAGGAAUCCACCAGGUUUGUGUCUGCAGCAAAGCCACAGACAACAGUCAACGCAUUUCUACAAAUGAAAUGCUGAGGAAAAGGUGAAAAAAGAGCUCUGGCCAAUAAGUGUGAACUUUGCUUGUAUGAUUUGGGCCUGUGAGACUCUUUUGUCAAUAAGCUAAUGCUUAUUGGAAUGAAACAAGAAUAAAUACAUUAGGCAUUUACUGUGCAGAAAUUGCUGCAGAGGAAUUAAAGAAGUACCCUGCCUGCCAGUAUGUUUAAUAAAUGAUCCCAAAGUGCAUUCCUCCAUGUGCAAGCUUUGAUGAUUUAGCGAUGAAGACCAUUAAAAUUUAUGGUUUUCUUUUAAAAGCAAUGACUGGGUAAGUACAAACCAUUCCAUAGAUGUAGGCCAGUCCCAUGACAGGGUCCUUUCUGAACAGAGCAUCACUGCCAGACUGAAUACAUGCAAGACUGUAAUUUGUACUACUAAUUAGAAAUUGGUUGGAUUUCUCUGCAAAAGAAUAUUUCAGAAUGCAUAUGAUUGCAUUGGAUUUUAACAACAUGUUUAUUUUGAUUUCAGCGACAGAUUUGUUGAUUCAACAAAUAUAAAUAAAAUACAGCAGAAUGUAUGUCCAUGAUGGCAAAAAAUUGGGUAAUUUCUUUGGAGAAAGAAAAAAAAAAAAAGCACAUUUUUAAAUUACACUCCAUCUGGCACCUAACUUCCUCAGUUGCCAGAAAAGCUGUAAAACAUAUAGCUGAUAAAUUAUCCUAUAAACUGUGAAUAACUAUGAAUCAGUGUUAGCCCACUGUAGCUACUGUUGAACUUAUUUUUUGUGUGACUUUCAGUGAACAUGUCAGUCGUGUUACUGUGAUGAUCCUGAAUUGUGGGUGACCACUUGUGGUAAAAAGGGAUACGUUGAUCAACACUAUUAUAUGUAAAUAUGUCAGAGAAAGAUGUCUACAGUAAAUGGCAAUAUCCACCAGCAAAGUGCCUCAAGUGUCGAAUGCAUGCGUUAUGUUCCCACCUUAGAGGCCACACAGGCUUUCAGAUGUAAAUAUUGAAAAUGGUUUAAACCUUGUUGAAUUUGAUUAUUGUAUGUGUUCAACAUGGUGACCGCCACUCGACUUCUACAAAGCUGUAAUACCCAAAUUAUUCUGUUUUAGUUAUUUCUUUUGUAUAAAAGCGAGAGCAAAUAAACAUGAACAAAAACCUAAAGAAGCCUGAUUUACUUUUACAUGGCACAUUGAUAUGGUAAAACAAUGAUCCCCAUUCCGUGUUUCUGGUGGCCUCUUCAAAAAUCCUCAUGGUUAUGCCUGUAAGUCCCCAGAGACCGGAGGUCACUCACUAACCUGUAACACUCAAGUCCAUAAUAUUAGCAGAAAAAUAAAACUGUAUGCAUAUCCUUGCACA